AUGGCUGCAGCACAGCGAGUGUUAUGCGCCAUACUGGGUCUCUUUACAUGGGGUUCUGGUCAACCGGCUAGUUGCAGCUCUAUCCCAACGUUAGAACGCAUGGACUGCUAUCCAGAGCCAUCAGCAACCGAAGAACGCUGUCUGGAACGUGGUUGUUGCUGGGAGCUGCCCGCUGAUCCAAAAAUGAAUGCGUGCUACCUGCCAAUCGAUUAUCCUGCCUACUCUUUGCAAAAUACAUCCUCAUCACCCGGCCACUAUACUUUCUAUCUGCAAAAGCAGUUUCUCAAGCCUCCUUUCGCUAAUGAACUUGCCGAGCUGAAAGUUGAUUUUAUCUACGAGACAGCCAGUCGUCUGCGAUUGCGCAUCACCGAUCCACACCAGCAGAGGUGGGAGCCCCCAGUGGACAUUAACCAACCAAUAAACUUCCCUCCAAAGGCUGUUAACUACCGGGUGAGUUACGACUCCAAGCCUUUUGGUUUCAAAGUUUAUAGAAAAGCGGGAGAGAGAGGCGAAGACCAUCUACUUGUCGAUACAACCGGCCUUAUGGCCAGUAGUCUGAUCGCAAGAGAUGCAUUUUGGCAGAUUGCUUUCAAAAUUGUGGCCCAACGCGGUUUCGGACCCGGUGAACGGAGAACUGCAUUCCCACUUCGCCUACGGAACUGGGAGAGGGUACCAAUGUGGGCGCAAGAUCAGCCGCCAAUGGAGCACGUGAACCUCUACGGUGUGCACAACUUCUUCCUCGGUUUGACUGUUGAUGGGAUUGCCUUUGGCAUCUUUCUGCUUAAUUCAAACGCCCAAGAGAUUGACAUUCAGCCAAUGCCAUCACUCACUUACCGGACGAUAGGCGGUAUACUAGAUUUCUUCAUUUUUGUGGGCCCAAAACCACAAGAUGUGGUCUCGCAGUACCUGGAUCUCAUAGGGCGGCCUCCCCUGCCACUCUAUUGGGCCCUCGGAUUUCAUCUGAGCCGCUAUGGCUUCCGUGACCUGGCGGACGUGCAAGCGACAGACUGGACCGUAGAUCCCGUGAAAUUUGCGGACUUUGGACAAUUUAUAAGAGAGACUAUUCAUAGCCAGAACGACAUGCACACAGUGAUCAUGUUCGAUGCGGCUAUUCAGGCCAACCCAGACUACGAGAUCUACAGGGACGGUUUACAUAGGGGAGUGUACAUCAAUGACAGCCGAACAGGCGGACCAAUCCAAGGGAGUUUGUGGCCAGGCACUGUGGUUUACCCAGAUUAUGGUAAGCAGGAAACUGUUGAAUGGGUCUAUGACGGUGCUUCGAAGUUCCACGAGGAGAUUCCCUUCGAUGGAUUAUGGAUUGAUAUGAAUGAGCCGUCAAAUUUUGUUGAUGGCUCCCUCGAUGGAUGCAUCUGGAACAGUCCACUGGAUCAUCCACCCUAUCAGCCGCGAAUCCUCGGCGACCUCCUCUACAGAGCAAAAUUAGACGGGAGGACUGUUGCGCGGGCAUUAGCCCUCGAGUACCCCAAGGAUCUGGCGUGCCAUUCGAUUGACAAACAGUUUCUCUGGGGUUCAUGUCUUCUGAUCACACCCGUGUUGGAACAGGGCGCGAGAGGCAUAUAUGGUUACCUUCCGCAGGGUGAAUGGAUCGGUCUGAAUGAUCACUUACGCCACAAAAGCAAAGGCGAAUGGUUCUACUUUGAAGCGCCACUGGAACAGAUCCCUUUGCACGUGAAAGCAGGUUGUGUACUGCCAAUGCAUCUACCUACACAAACCAUAAAUCAGGCGCGAGAAAAAGGAAUUGGUAUUUUGGUUGUCUUGAAGGAAGAAGACAGUGGAUAUCCGUGGAGCAGGUACGCAGCUACCGCUUGGGGGGAGUUCUUCUGGGACGAUGGUGUUACUGAAACGCAGGCGUAUACUUAUAUCACUUUCAGUGUGGCUUUCCGAAAGUUAACCAUACUGCCAAGGGUUGUCCGACUGCAGUCUGAGGACAAGCUGCUGCAUUCCGAGGUGCCGCUGGCUUUCAUCAAGAUCGUCGGAAUAUCCAAGCGACCAAGGACAGUUAGCCUGAACCAGCAGCGUUUUGCCUUCACUCACGACGUCAAGACCCGAACACUGUUUGUAGAGGCUCCUCCAAACAGCCUUUUAACCACCAAAACGCAACUCACAUGGAGUUUUAAAUAG